CGGGGCUGACACAGGGACCGGCUGGGAGGAGGAGGAGCGGGCGGGGCCGGGGCGGGUCUAACCGCAAAGCCGGAGCAGCAGCGGGAGCUUCAUGGUGAAUCACAGCUCGCCGUGAGGAGAUCUAGCGGUCAGUGUCCGGAGCCGCACACUCGCUGCUGUCCGCGGCUGGAAGGGGGAUGGCCGGUGUCCGGAGACACUGACCGGUGUCCAGAGACACUGACCGGUGUCGGGAGACAAUAGCCAGUGUCCGGGCCGAUGCCUGUCACGGGAGGCAGCGGUCAGUGAGCGGCCGGAAUGGAUGAGACGCUCCGGAUCAUGGAGGACCUGAACCUGCUCUACAUCCGACAGAUGGCCCUCAGUCUGCAGGACUCUGAGUUCCAGGAGAAGAUCGACCGUGAGCUGCGAGUGAGGGAUGGUGCCUGCAGAUUGCUGGCAGCCUGCACGCAGAAGGAGCAGGCACUGGAAGCUGCAAAGAGCCUGCUGGUGUGUAACGCCCGCAUCACCUCCUGCAUGUCGCAGGUCCAGAGGAUGAAGGAACGCCAGGUGAUCCCGCGCCGGGUCAGGCGGUCCUCAGAUGCAGCUCUCCUCGACGAUCGCCUACCAUGCAAGGGGACGGUCAGUGUCUCAGAUCUCCGAAUUCCUUUGAUGUGGAAAGACACGGAUUACUUCCAAAACAAAGGAGAUGGACAUCGCUACGCUGUGUUCGGUCUGAUGCAGGUGGGCUGUGACAUUUACGACACAGAGAUGGUGAUUGUGGAUCACACCGUGACUGACAUCUGUUUUGAAAGUGCUGUGGUGUUGUAA